AUGGUUGUCGUCGUUGCUGUUGGUCAGCCGUUAACUUUGUGGUGGCGGACAUCGAGGGCAAAGGGUAGUUUUCCUCAUUGCAAAAGGGACAGCAUCAGACUAAGAGUAAGACCAGCGCGGUCAGUUCUGGUGGAGGCAGAAGCCAGAGCAGCACCUACGCUCAGAGUCAGAGAUAUUGAUGAUGGGUCUGUGAAGGUGCAGAUAUAUCAAGGCGGGGAUCGAACGGACGAUCUUCAGGCCGAAGCAAGGGCCAUGGCACGUGCCGCAAAUGCCUCCGUUUACAGCCCCCAACUUCUUGUCGGCAAGUACGGGUCUCGCCCAGUCAAGGUAAUUCGGAGGACUCUUAAAAUUUUGAUAGCACUGGGGUCGUUUGGGUUGAAGCUGUUGGUGGACCAAAGGAAUGGCGUGCUCAAUCAGAAUAAAAGACUCCGUGCCGCCGAGCUGAGGAGAAUUUUCACCCGUUUGGGGCCUACUUUUGUGAAAUUAGGUCAGGGCUUGUCCACAAGGCCUGACGUCUGUCCGCCUGAGUACUUGGAGGAGCUCUCUGAGCUUCAGGAUGCGUUGCCAACAUUCCCAGAUACAGAAGCAUUUUCCUGCAUUGAAAGGGAGUUGGAACUACCUCUUGACUCCGUUUUCUCAUCCAUAUCUCCAUCUCCAAUUGCAGCAGCUAGUUUAGGUCAAGUCUACAAAGCUCAACUGAAGUAUUCUGGGCAGGUUGUUGCUGUAAAGGUGCAACGCCCAGGCAUUGAAGAAGCUAUAGGACUUGACUUCUAUCUCAUAAGAGGUCUAGGAAUUUUCAUAAACAAGUAUGUUGACGUGAUAACCACUGAUGUUGUGGCCCUUAUUGACGAAUUUGCACGUAGAGUUUAUCAAGAGCUCAACUAUGUGCAGGAGGGACGGAAUGCAAGGAGGUUUAAGAAAUUGUACGCUGACAAAGAAGAAGUUUUGGUCCCAGACAUUUUCUGGGAUUAUACCAGCGGCAAAGUGUUGACAAUGGAGUGGGUUGAUGGAGUCAAAUUAAAUGAGCAAGAUGCCAUUGAGAGACAAGGCUUGAAAGUAUUGGAUCUCGUGAACACUGGGAUACAGUGCAGCCUCAGACAGCUACUUGAGUAUGGAUAUUUUCAUGCAGAUCCUCAUCCUGGUAAUCUCUUGGCAACACCUGAAGGGAAGCUUGCCUUUCUUGAUUUUGGAAUGAUGAGUGAGACACCAGAGGAAGCUAGAUUUGCUAUCAUUGGCCAUGUUGUUCACAUGGUUAAUCGGGAUUAUGAAGCUAUGGCUCGUGAUUACUAUGCCCUAGAUUUCUUGUCACCUGAUGUAGAUGUGUCUCCAAUUGUACCAGCACUUCGUGACUUCUUUGAUGAUGCACUUAAUUCAACUGUGAGUGAACUUAAUUUCAAAACACUGGUGGAUGGUUUAGGUGCUGUGUUGUAUCAAUAUCCAUUCAAUGUCCCAGCUUAUUAUGCUUUGAUAUUAAGGUCACUUACUGUACUAGAAGGUCUAGCUCUUUAUGCUGAUCCUAAUUUCAAGGUGCUGGCUGCUUCAUACCCGUAUUUUGCUAAAAGGCUUCUCACUGAUCCAAACCCAUAUCUCAGAGAUGCUCUGAUUGAGUUGCUUUUCAAGGAUGGGAAGUUUAGGUGGAACCGACUUGAAAACCUGCUUGUUCAGGGAAAGAAAGAUAGAGAUUUCUCAGCAAAAGAUGCUUUACAGCCUGUGUUGAAGUUAUUAUUGGGUUCAGAUGGCGAAGAGCUCCGAACUUUAGUUAUUAAGGAGGCUGUACGUGUCACUGAAGCUUUUAUAUGGGGCACCGUUAUUGACACAUAUAAUUCUAUGCCUAAUUUUAUGAGGGCUUUGGUUGUUAAUGGCAAUGCUACUGGACCACUCGUAAUGAGCAUUGUGGAACAAGAAAGCAUGAUAGAGCUCCGAGAUCAAGUAUUCAGGAUUUGGGGACUUCUAAGGUCCUCUGAGAGUUUUGAUCCAGCCCUUUUGCAGCCCAUUUUGCAAGUCCUUCAACAACCUGAGGCACGCAACCUAGGGGGGCGUGUCAUUGGUGGGAUCACACAACGCCUUGCUGCAAGGUUGCUUCAACAAGUUCUCCGGGUGCCAACAACAGCUUCUGCUUCGACUUUGUGA